UUUUCGAAUUCGAAUUCGCCUAGCCAGACUGACAGAAACGCGGGUUUUGGAGGGAAUUAAUUUCAUAGAUUUCACGCUUUUUCUAUUUGUUGAAGUGUAGACUAAAUUUUGAAGAUUAAUUUGCUACAAAAUCUAUUAUAUUGCACUAAAUAAUGUCUCAAACAACGCUCACAGCGUUUUUCAACAGCAGAAAAAGACCAGCAACAGAUGAGAUCGUAAGUUCAAAGAACAAAAUAGCACACAUUGACCGUACCGAUUCGUUGUUAAAAUCAAAUAGAAUUACACAUUUGGCAAAACAGUGUGAUAUUCUCACUCAUAAUGCUAAACAAACCGCUGCGGUUGCAAGUGAAAAAACCCAACCAAACCAAGUGUUUCCAAAGCCCACCGAAGCCCAAGUGUCGAGAAAUGACAACACACCUACAUCACAAAAAAUUGGGGAGGUAUUCUCAAAGAAAGGUAACGCUUCGAAUAUUAUUAAAAACGUCGAAUCCCGUAAGCCUGUUUCUGUGAGCACAGCAAGAAAAGAAUUGAGUUUAGGUGAUAUAAAAAAGAAAUUAGCGUCAAGCAGUCGGUUAGCUGAAAUCAAGGCAGCGGCUGACCGUCUCAGUAAAGGAAUACAAGAAUUCAAAGAAAGCACUGAGAAAAAGCAUCUUAAAGAACCUCUCAAUAAGAAUCUCAAGGAAUUCAAAUCAAUUGAUGUGGAUGUUCCUCAGAGUCCUAGUAAGCAGUCCACAAUUCGCAGUGAGUUUUUGUCACCCAAGAAACAAUCGGAAGAUGGAAAUGUUCUACAGAGACCAAUCAUAUCACCAAGGAAGGUCUUCGUCAGUCCUGUUAAAAGUCCAAGCAAGGUACCAGCUUAUUUGAAACACUCCUCUUUGGCUGCAUCAACAUCUAGUCUGCCAUUACCGCAUCACUACAGAUUCCUUGCAGAGCUUUUCCGCGGCAUGGAGACAGUGGUUGCUCUACUUUACAACAGAAACGAAAAAAUAACCUUCAACAAACUCAAACCCUCCGUUCAGGAAAUGCUCAAAAGAAACUUCACAGACAAACACUUGGCUCAAAUAAAACAUUUAGUGCCAGAUUUUUACAACUUUGAAGUGCAGAAGAAUAAAAACUUUAGCAACACAUCUCAGAAGGAAUCCUUUGAGCUGAUGAUUUCCCCCAAUUUUCCGCAUAAAAUUAAAAUCAUGAACCCGAGCGUGCUAUUAGAGAGACGAAGAUAUUUCUUUGACACUCUUUUGCAACUCGUCAAAAAACACCACUCUCAGUUUUGCUUGACACUCGAUCCUCCUAUCGAAAUUCCAGAUGAUAAACUAGUGCGUUGGCAUCCUGAGUUUGAGCUAGACAAAAUUCCAGAUAUUGAGAGUGCUAAAUUACCUGAACUGCCCCAUACAGAAAAGUAUUCUUCUGCCCAAGAUGUUCUCUCUAAAGCGCGUGAAUUAUUCAAGUGCAACACGAAAAUGGAAAGAGCAUUGGAAAAGCUCGCUCAAGCUAAAGCCCGAGGUCUGACUGAGCAAGAAAAGAUUGUGACCGGUGAUGAUGCUUCUAAAUCUAGUGUCACCCAAACACCUUCAACAAGCAAUAUUCAGAUUUUGAAUCCUGCCCUACGAGGUCUGCCAGCAGCGUUGUUAGAAAAAGUGAAGGCAAAGCAGGCUGCUAAGGCCCUUGAAGCCAUGACGAGGUCUUCUGACCAUGAACAAAAGUACUUAAUGUACAGCCGUCUGCCGGAUUUAGCUAGAACUUUGAGAAACAUAUUUGUCACAGAAAGGAAGAAUGUGUUAGCUCUGAACGUUGUGCUCUCGAAGUUGGACAGUAGCUUCAAAUCAAAUGUAUCUGCUAGUGAUUUAAAUAAAGACAUAAAACUGCUUGUGGAAGAAGCUCCCGAAUGGAUUAAACUACAUGACGUAAGAAAUACUACUUAUAUCAAAUUGGAUAAAAAUGCUGAUUUGAAAAAAAUUGUUUCCAAAUUGGAAGCAACUGCAGAUAAAUAUAGAGGUUGAUUUACUCAAGACUGAUUAAGGAUGUCAGAAUCCAAUCCAAUAUCUUUAUGUGCAGUGACGUGCAUUUCAUAGAUACAUAAACGCAAAAAUUUAUUAGGUACAUGUAUUGGAGAAGGAAUUUUCUAUUUUCGUACAAUUUAUACCUAUAGUGCUGACCCUUGUUAAAGAACUUGUGCACGCCAUUGCUCAUGUGACACACCACACCUAUGAACAAUUUUUAUUUUAAUUUAUAAAAACUUGUGAUAUUUUAUCUGUGCAGAUUUUCUAUUGUUGUAACUAUGCACAAUUAGUUGACCAUGGCCUAGAUACAGGCAAGGAGGAAGAAGUUAUACAAACAUCAAGUGUGUGUGACCUUUAAUUUAUUUAGUUUUAUUAUUUACAAGUGAGCCCUUGACUACAAUCUCACCUACUGGUAAGUGAUGAUGCAAUCAAAGAUGGAAGAGUGCUAACUCAUUACGAGGGGGAUGAAAAUUCACACCCCUUUCUGAUUCUACAUGACAUUGUAUGGAAAUGUUAAAUCACUUGGAUGGUGACCACUGAAGAAAAAGCUAGGAAAAUUAAUAUUUUGCAUGAUUUUUAAAGGUGUGUCACAGAUCUAAUGAGAUUGGAUUGUGGGUUAUAUUUUUGACUUCUAGGUAUAGAUUAAAUACUUAAUAUAUUAUUUAAUUAGUUUUAACAUUAUCAUGGAAAACAUUAAUGAUAUCAUGGCGAGCGAAUGCACUGAAUGCUUGUCUGAGAAUGUGUAGUUUAUAUUUAUAUACUUAUUUAGUAAUAAGGAACAUGGCAUGAAAUUUCUAAUCUCAUUUUCUUGUUGUAACAUUAAUUUAAAAAUUCUUUUUUGACGUUGUGUAUAUUCAGAUAUUUUUGAUAGUAUGAGUAUAUAUUGUGAUAAGUAAAAUGAGCACUAACAGUCCACCAAAUCCUAACUGGGCAAUUUUAAUGUCUGCUUUGUAAUUUAUGUAAUGUAAUUUUUUAACAAACAUCACAUUUAUGUUUAAUAUUAUUUACUGGUAAAAAACUACUUAUACUUUUAAUAAAAAAAAAUCCUAAUAGGGUAUGAUAUCAACUUUAAUAACCAAAGAAACGAUUAUCAUAAACAAACAGUCUACUGUUUCAUGCCACUUUCGGUAUAUUUAAUAAUAUCUAAUAUCAGUAAGGAACUAAUUAUUUAGCUAUUGACAAUGCCAGUAGUAAAUAUUUAUUUUUAAAUGGAACACCUUGUUAUCAAAGUAGGUCACAUAGCCAUAGUUUGUCAAAGUAUUUAUAGGUUUUCAUUCUGUUAUACGUGUAAUUAUUAUUUAUUAGUAACGUAACAGUAGAUUUGUAACAAAAUGAAAAAUUAAGUCUUAUUUUUUAUGCUCAGCGCUCAUUUUUAUUGACGCAACUCAUAAUUACUCAAUGACUUCAGUUUUGCGCAUUUGACAUAAUAUUAUUCAUUUGAAUAUAAUUAAUAUGACGAGAAACAAAGUGCAGUAUAAUGCAUUCUAAAGGCAAAACGUACAACUCUUAUUAAAAACAGCUUUCAAAAAUGAACUUUAGAUUGUAGAUUAUUUCUUUCCUUUUUUUACUAUUUUUUAUUUUAUUUUGUUCCCAUUAAAAGCUUAGUAUUUUCUAUUUCUAUUAAAUAUGAACAAUAUGGAUACCAACUUUAUAAAGAGUAACCAAGGUAAUAAUAAAAAUGUUUUUAAGUAAUCUUUAUUAAUGUGUUUCUACUAAAACAAGAUAAAUAGUAAUUAACUUUAAUAUUCAAAACUUUUUUUUAGAUUAUACUGCAUACAUUAGUUUAUGUUGACAUUAUAACAUUUCUAGGUAAUUUAUAGACAUCAAAGCAUCUUUAGAUAAAUGUUACUUAUGAGUAAUUUAAUUUUAGUUAUUUUUCUUUAUACCUAGUAUUAUCUUUUGUAUUUGUAGUUUUAUUCUUGCGAGUUUCAUUGAUUGGCAUUUUUGUGAAACUUGGUUUAUACUUAACUUUGGAAACUAGUGUUUGAAUAAACUAUGUUUGGAUGAAA